UUAUUACGAUUCUCGCUGAAUGUAUCUCUGGACGAGGAUUACAAAAUGAUACGUAAUUUAAAACGCGGAUCUUUUCUUCAUCUCCUGUCCUUUAUGCCGGAUUUUGCCUCCUGUAUUCAUUGUGACCAAUGAGAAGAAUUAAGCUAUCCGUCCAUUCAGUUCCACUCAAAAGGCGAGAGGAAAAAAACAGAGGGAGAUGAGAGCAGCAAAUCCCUUUUUAUUCAUCUUGUAGCGUUCAAUAAGUGAACAAUGUGUCGCCUAUCAGUCACCGAGGGGAUCAGAUCUGCGGGACUGUCCCACGCGCUCAGUGCAGAGCAUCACUAACACAGAGACUGUAGCAGUUGCAUCACACUCAGGACCUUUACUGUGACUUCAGCACCAAGAGCGCAACACUCGGGCAAAUCUCAUCUCUCAAGAUACAAAGCAAUUAUCUCAAUUUCCUGAAGAAACGUUAUCCUAUAACUGUCAGUGGCACUGGAAUGUGGAGUGAUAUCAUGCGGGUACUGGCGUUGCUUCUCGCAGUUAAAGCGGCGUGUGUUCUGCUCGUGUCCUCACUCACUGGCACAGGCGCAGUCAACAACAGCGGACGAUGGUGGGGCAUUGUGAAUGUGGCAUCCUCAGGCAAUCACCUCACCAACUCCAAAAAUGUGCAGUUGGUACUGGACCCCAGCUUGGCACUGCUCAGCCGCCGACAGAGGAAACUGAUCCGGCAAAACCCUGGCAUCUUGCACGCCAUUGCUGCAGGCCUGCAUACAGCCAUCAAGGAAUGCAAAUGGCAGUUUCGUAACCGACGCUGGAACUGUCCGACCACCCAAAGCCCCAAUGUCUUUGGCAAAAUUGUCAACCGUGGUUGCCGUGAGACUGCGUUUGUGUUUGCUAUCACGAGUGCCGGCGUCACUCACGCUGUGGCUCGGUCCUGCUCCGAGGGGGCAAUUGAGUCCUGCACCUGUGACUACCGGCGCCGGGGUCCUGGAGGGCCAGACUGGCACUGGGGAGGCUGCAGCGACAAUGUGGAUUUUGGCAGGAUGUUUGGACGAGAGUUUGUGGAUUCCAGUGAGAAGGGCCGAGAUCUCCGUUAUCUGACCAACCUGCACAACAAUGAGGCGGGGAGAACGACAGUCUCAUCAGAGAUGCAACAAGAAUGCAAGUGUCAUGGUAUGUCUGGGUCCUGCACGGUUCGAACCUGUUGGAUGAGACUGCCAAGCUUCCGUGUAGUGGGAGACUUUCUAAAGGACCGCUUCGAUGGUGCAUCCCGAGUCGUGUACGCCAACAAAGGCAGCAACCGUGCCUCUCAUCGAGCCGACCCCCGACACCUGGAGCCGGAAAAUCCAGCACACAAGCUCCCAUCUGUUCGAGACUUGGUCUACUUCGAAAAGUCACCCAACUUCUGUUCUUACAAUGGGAAAACAGGCACACAUGGCACAUCGGGACGCACCUGCAACAGUUCAUCGCCAGCACUGGACGGGUGCGAGCUGCUGUGCUGUGGACGAGGAUACAAGACUCAGACCGAGCAGGUGACGGAAAGAUGCCAUUGUACUUUCCACUGGUGUUGUCACGUGAGCUGCCUCAAUUGCACCAGUACACAGAUCGUCCAUCAGUGUCUAUGAGAACAAACUGAGAAAGUGGAGGUGAAAGAAUGGAUUGGAGGUUUUAUAGGAGAAGAGGUGGUCAGCCAAAAAUGAAAAAUUCAUAAUUUACUCACCCAUUUCAUAUCAAACCCCCUUUUUUUUUGGUAGAACACAAGAUUAACUUGUCGCUUGUCGGACUAAAGCUGUCAGUCCUUAACAUCACAUUCUGUUUAUCACAAGUCUUAUAUGGGAACAUGAGGAUGAGACAAAAUCAAUGACAGAAAUGUAUAAUUUUUGAUUCAUCCAACACAAACCUGUAUACAUUUUUUGUUCUGCUGAACAGUUUUGGGGGUAACGCAUUACAAGUUACGUGCAUUACGUAAUAAUAUUACUUUUCUGAAGUAAUGAGUAAAGUAACGCAUUACUUUAUAAAUGUACACAUUAAUAUUUCAGUUACUUUUUAAAAAAAGUAAUCAGAGUUACUUUUUAGUUUAAUUAAUUUGAUUAAAAAAAACGUAGUCACAAAAUUGAACGUAGUCACGUAAAAUUACGCACUCUUAUGCGUGCGCGCAUUAGCGGAAACAGUUUGAAUCACAAACGGAGAUGGCAGGCCAGAGCUUGACAUUUUUGCGAUGGAAAUGUGCGAUUUCUGAAUGCAGAACUUCU